GGUAUAAUAAUUUGGAAUGGCAUAGUAGAAAGGAGUGGAUGGCCACAAGAGAUAGUUUUAUAUUUUCGAUGGAUAAUAGAAAUAAAGUGAUAAAUUGUAUACUUAGUAGAGUGAAACGAUCUAAUCGAGCUAUUUGGGGUGCCCAAAGAAAUCCUUGUUUCAGUUUUGAUUUACAAUGGUUUAAAGGAAAAUGCUUACAAAGUUCCUAUGAAGCUAAAAUAACUGAUAAAGAAGAUUUUAAUAUUAUUGAUUACGAAGUAUUUCAAGUAAUAACGAACAUUGAUUAG